AUGGAACAGGCGCUGACGGGCGAGCAGAUGGUGGCGUUCCAGGAGGCCUUCUCCCUCUUCGACAAGAACGGCGAUGGAUGCAUCAGCUUGGAAGAGCUGGCCGCGGUGACUCGCUCCCUCGGCCUCGAUCCGACCAACCAAGAGCUCAAUGACAUGAUGCGUGAAGUCGACAUGGAUGGAAAUGGCACCAUUGAUUUCCAGGAGUUCUUGAGCCUCAUUGCCAGGAAGAUGCAGGAUGGAGAUGGAGAUGAAGAGCUCAAGGAAGCUUUCGAGGUCCUGGACAAGGAUCGGAAUGGUUUUAUCUCCCCUGUUGAGCUGAGGACGGUGAUGAUCAAUCUCGGGGAGAAGAUGACCGACGAGGAGGUUGAGCAGAUGAUCAGGGAGGCGGACACUGAUGGCGACGGGCAGUGGAUGGAGAAGAAGAACAGGGUUUUUGUAGCCCAUCUCAAGAAGGCGCCUCCGUGUAUCAGUCAUGAGCAGCGCAUGCCCAUUGUGCACAGGGUUACGAAGUUGAAAAGCAAAUACUGCAUCUGCAUUGCGCCUGGCAAAUUCUUCACGCAGCUGUGA